AUGUCCUUGUGGGGCCUGGCCGCCAUCCUCACCCGCGUGGCGUGGGUUGGCGGCUUUAUUCUUUCCGCAGUCGUCGGCAUACUGUGGUUUUUCCAAGAGAAACUUGUCUUCUAUCCGGGUGUUCCAAAGGGAUACGAGACGCCUGAUAAGAACCCAAAGGGCUUGCAUCAUCCUGGCGAGAGAAAUUUGCCAUAUGAAGAUGUGUACAUCCGAACGAGAGACGGGAUAACUCUCCACGGCUGGAUACUGCGGCAACCCAACGCAAAGCACGUCCCGACGUUUCUGUAUUUCCACGGGAAUGCUGGUAAUAUUGGAUUUCGCCUGCCAAACCUAGAGUUGAUGUUUCGCGCGGUCGGAGUAAAUAUUCUCAUUGUGUCCUAUAGGGGCUACGGCUACAGUGAAGGUUCUCCCACGGAGGAGGGAGUGUACACCGACGCCGAGGCAGCACUUGAUUUUAUCUUAGAAGAGACAACUGUCAACAGGAAAGAUAUUUUCGUAUUUGGGAGAAGUAUCGGGGGAGCUGUGGCCAUCGAACUCGCAAGACGAAGGGGUGAUGAGUUGCGGGGAGUGGUUGUUGAAAACGCCUUCACCUCUCUGUUGGAAAUGUUGUACAUAGUCUUUCCCUUCCUGAGUCCAUUCAAUCUGCUGGUAAAAGCCGUGCAGCGUAUGUAUAUGUUGAACGAAGAGAAAAUUCGCAGCCUGACACUGCCGGUCUUGUUUAUUUCGGGGCGUCAAGACAAACUCGUCCCUCCCUCUCAUAUGGAUUUGUUAUUUAGCGCAUGUGGUGCACGCCUGAAGCUGCGAGAAGAUGUUGAAAAUGGUGGUCAUAAUGACACUUGGGAGGUUGGAGGUCAGAGCUACUACAGCAAGCUGCGUACGUUUGUGGAGGCGGCGCUAGCUGAAGCAGCCGUAUCAUCUGGCGAAAGCAAUCGCCAAUCUUGUUCUCUCUCCACGAUUAGUGACGCAUCAACAAAUGUCUCUCGAAGACAGUUGAAGACCUGUACUGUAGAACAGGAUGUUAAGAGCCUCGAAUACUCAAUGUAUCCCACCGAAACAUCUCCUUCCUCUACCAGUGACAGGGAGGGUCAACGUAGGGAGAAAGUGACCGCAAAGGCGCACCUUUUAACCCCUCCAAGCACUCCAAAUAUUGGCAGUUAUCUGCAUAUAUCACUAGCGUACGCGGAGGCAACAUCGAGUCGUGCAUUGAGCAAAAACUGCUCUGCAACAAUUAAAAUAUCUGAAGAGAACCAUCGUCAAAUUGGCUCUCAUAUAGAUAACACUAGUGUGCCGAAUGCGAACGAAAAUGUUUCCGCCCCACCUUCAUCCUCCCUGAAGGUACAAACGCAAACACUUAGUGCGCUUGAGAAGGCAAAGUGGGCAGAGGCAUACACAGAUCACUGGAAUGUAGGAAGACAGGGACACGAACUGCUUAAUGGCGAAAAUGGGACCAAAGUCACACCACCGUGGCGUUGCGAUGCCUCGCUCUCGUCGGAACGCUCAAAGGUGUGGGCCUCCUUCCACAGCAGACAAGUAAAAUGUGUAAAG